UCCCAGUUGCUGAACGUGUAAUACUAAAACAAAACAAAACAAAACAAUGUCUGGUAGAGGUAAAACCGGAGGAAAAGCCCGAGCAAAAGCGAAGUCUCGCUCGUCUAGAGCUGGGCUACAAUUCCCAGUCGGACGUGUUCACAGAUUACUGCGCAAGGGAAAUUAUGCCGAGCGCGUAGGCGCUGGCGCCCCUGUUUAUUUGGCUGCAGUCUUGGAGUAUCUGACCGCUGAAAUUCUCGAGUUGGCCGGCAAUGCUGCGAGGGAUAACAAGAAAACCAGGAUCAUCCCCCGUCAUCUUCAGCUCGCCGUCCGCAACGACGAGGAGCUAAAUAAGCUUUUAGGGGGUGUUACUAUUGCCCAAGGUGGAGUACUGCCAAAUAUCCAGGCUGUGCUCCUACCCAAGAAAACCGAGAAGCCAGCAAAAAGCAAGUAAGCGGCUUACAGACCCAGGACAUCAGACAAAGGCUCUUUUAAGAACCACCCAUUCUCAUCGUGUUUUAAGAUAUUUCUCGUUCUUACACUGCGUUAUUGUCCUCGUUCUCGAUGAAGGAGAAAAAAAAGGUGUAAAUCUGACUUCGCCACGUUCGCUAUCGUUGGACUGUUUCCAUACCUAAGCCAACGCACUUUGACGCACUCCAUAUCUUCAGAUGCGAGCCACCAGCAUCAGGCCUAAUGUUAGUGGACUUGUUCAUCUGGCCAUAGCGGUGGACUGUCACUCAGACUACAAGUUGACUCAUUUGUUGGUGAAGUGAACACCACGUUUCAUUGUUUAUGGACCAAUGUAGGUUGCCUCUCAUUGUUUCUGAAUGCGUGUACAUCGUAUGGUCAACUGUUUCUGUUUUAAAUAAAUGCUUUGCAUUUGUACAAAGUG